UUUGUAUCAAUAUUCCUUGUUCUAAUAUAUAAUACCGGAUAUCCGGUGACUCCAUAGUCCAUACACGUCUCUACUCUCUAGUCUAGAACAGAGAACGUCGCGGCGUUUCAUUCUUUUCUGAACAGGCGCAGUCCACGAGAACUCGCAAAAGGAGUUAAAAGGCUCCUACAUAACCUGUUAAUAUCAAUAUAUUGUAUGAGUCAGAAGGUAGAAAAACCAGUAUUAUCGGGUCAACGGAUCAAGACCAGAAAAAGAGAUGAGAAAGAGAAGUACGACCCUAACGGGUUCCGCGACGCACUGGUCCAGGGGCUGGAGCGCGCCGCAGGAGACCUGGACGCGGCCUACAAGUUCCUAGACGCGGCCGGCUCCAAGCUUGACUAUCGCCGCUAUGGCGAGGUCAUCUUCGACGUGCUUAUCGCCGGGGGGCUGCUACUUCCCGGCGGUUCCGUGUCGAUGGAUGGGGAAUCACCUAAAACCAAUACAUGCAUAUUCAAUGCCAGUGAGGAUAUGGACUCCAUGCGAAACUUUGAGCAGGUAUUCGUGAAGUUGAUGCGCCGAUACAAAUAUCUUGAAAAAAUGUUUGAGGAGGAAAUGAAAAAGGUGCUGGUGUACAUAAAAGGUUUUGACCCAGAACAACGCAUCAAAUUGGCGAGAAUGACUGCACUUUGGAUCUGCAACGGAUGUGUGCCGCCGUCUGUACUGCUGGUGCUGGUCAAUGAGCACUUGCUGAAGGAGAACGUGGCACUGGAGUUUGUGCUGGAGGUGUUUGUGACCAUCAAGCAGGAACGCGGCGUCGCCUCGCUCGUCACCGCGCUUAAGAAAGGACAACUGGAGGGCAGGCUGCUGGAAUUCCUGCCGCUGAACCGGCGCAGCGAGGAGUCGCUGGCGGCCAUGUUCGGCGCGCGCGGGCUUGGCGAGGUGGUGCGGCUGCACCGCGCGCAGGCCUCGCAGGAGGCGCGCCGCGACCUCACGCGCGCGCUCACCGACGAGCUGGCGGAGCGGCCCGCGCGGGACAUCGUGCCCGACCUGCGCGACAUGGCGGCGCGCCACGACAUCCCCGACUACGAGGUGGUGGCCAUCAUAUGGCAGUGCGUGAUGGCGCGCGGCGAGUGGAACAAGAAGGAGGAGCUCCUGGCGGAGCAGGCGGCCAAACACCUGCGGCAAUACACUCCGCUGCUGGCCGCCUUCACGCAGACCGCCAAGGCCGAGAUCGCGCUGCUCACUAAAGUCCAGGAGUACUGCUACGAGAACAUGAACUUCAUGCGCGCGUUUAGCAAGCUGGUGGUGAUGCUGUACAAGAGCAACGUUCUCUCGGAGGAGGUGAUCUUGCGUUGGUACCGCGACCCCAACUCCUCUAAGGGGAAGCUGAUGUUCCUCGAGCAGAUGAAGAAGUUUGUCGAGUGGCUGCAGAGCGCCGAGGAGGAGUCUGAGAGUGGGGAGGAAGAAGAUUAGAUUAAGUACAGCAGUGAGACUGACGCGCGCCGUUCACGUUCACGUCCACGUCAUGCCAGCAUACAGAACACACGCACCGAGGGACCGCGGUGGAAUUUGUUUCAAAUAAGUCAUGUUUCGCCUCGUUGAAAAUGUUACUGGAGUAGUUUAGUGGUGGUGACUGAGAGCCUAAUGUUAAUUGUAGAGAUGGAGUUUGGUACAUUUUGUCAAUGACUUUUUCUAAAUCUUUUUCUAAGCUCAGUGUGCAAGUAAUUGUGUUUCGAAAUCAUCUUGGACACAAUACACAUGAAGUAAUGUAGCAAUCUGUACAGUCGUAAUAUGCGAAAUACCUCAUCAGAAAUGACGUCACGACCCUCGUGGACGGCGCCGCAUUCAUCAAUAAUAAACACGCAAUAGUGUCGUUCACAAACUGGUCGCGACUGAACGACUGCGUUCAGUUAUAUAUUUUGGUAUUUACUUAGCACACUGUCUAAAGGUGUAUGUAUCAUUCCCAAUUUGUGUUUGUAAUGAUGACUUGUGAUUCUACUAAAUUUUAAUCUUAAAAGGUUUCAAUCGCAAUUUUGUUUUGUAUUGAACCCUUAACACAUUGAUUACGAAAUUAUUGUUGUUUUACAAUAGAGUUAAAAUGUUCUGGGAAUGUGUCAUUAAUAAUUCACUUAAUUAUCAAUUAAUAAAUAAAUAGCAAUGCAGUCGCGUUCGGUUUCCGCACGACACGACAGCAGAAACGACAUAAUAUUGUAAUAAUAAGCAUAAAGUAAAUGUAAGGCCUCGGGCUCAUUUGCUACCAUAUUGUAUAUUAUUCAUUUCUAAAGUAACAUGUUGAUGAAAUAACAAUAUUUUUUAUUCAAUUUUUCUAGUAAAAUUAUAAUAAAUGUGGCGACACAUC